CACACUCGAAGUUUUUGGUUAGGAGACAAAAAUAUUAAAUACAAAUAUACCGGCGUAUAGAGUACACACACAGCUUACUAUCAAAUAUCGAGUCAGAAAUACAUACGAGAGCUUUCAUCGGUUCUCCACAAUUCAGCGUCGUUAAUUCACAAUACAACAAUCAUAAUGGGGUUAGCAAGAAAUUUAAUACUGGCCCUGACGACUGUCAAAUCGCUCAGUGGCCAGGGCUCUAUAAGAGAGGCGUAUCUCUCCAAAAAAGGAGGGCCUACGUUUAAUUGGCAAGGGUAUGAUGAUUACGGCUACGAUGUGAUGGGGUUUGAUGAGUUUGGGUAUGAUCUCUACGGAAAGCCCAUGUAUGACCCGUACGCGGGCUUGCAGGGUAGUCGCGCGCAGCUAGAGGCCCAUGGCCAGUUCUUUGACCCCUCACAUGGCACUCAUUUAGAAGAUAGCAAUGUAGAAGAGUAUGUGGACAAGUAUGACGGCGCUGAUGGGGAGGGAGAUAAAGACGAUGAUGGCUAUGAACAAGACAAAUAUGAAUACCCGGGCAAAAAGUACGAUGACGACGAUGACGAUGUGCCGUGGUGGCACAAGCCCUUCCCGUCUGGCACGGAUAAAGCAGACCCUGGGUGGUGGGAUUGGUACUGGGAGGAGGUCAGUAUGACUGACGCGCUACCUACGGCCAGUAUAUUCUUCACGGAUACGUUUGACUUCAAAUUCCCCAGACCAGACAGACCUACUACAAUGACGGAGACUGAGACUACUACCAAAAUCACACCAACAGCGUAUAUAACUACUACUGGUGGCUCUAGUAUGACUAUCACUGUGCCGGCCACUGAGGUGUAUUCAUGCGGGCGAGCGGCAUAUUGCCAGGAGUAUGAGACCGAGUGCUGCGAUGGUGUGCCGCUGUGCAAACCGGGCAAGUGCGAGUACGGAUACUACAAUAGUCUGUCGCUGGUGGCCUCUGAGUGUAUAGAUACUGAGUUGUGUAUUGCGGGCUCACAGAGUGUUGCGAUAAGUGGUGACGGAUGUUGGGUUAUUCAGGGUGUGCCGUCGAACACAACCCAAGAAGCCAUCACCAGCACUGGUCUAGGGUUGGACGACGAGCAGUUGCUAUGGCGUGGCUGGGCGACUGUGUGGCAUUUGGCUGACGGAGUCUGGCUACAAUACCAGCUGCUGAUACCAUCCGAUGGUGUACUGGCAGACUGGUUUGGUAUCAGUGUAGAUAUCUGCAACGAUGGCUCGCGCAUUGUUGUAGGAUCGUGGUUGGACAGUGAGAAUGGUGUGCGGUCAGGGUCAGCCUACGUCUUCUCCUGGGCACCCGGUACCCAUACCUAUAGACAGGAGGCGAAGCUGAUGCCGAGUGAUGGCCAGGCAUUCGACUAUUUCGGACAGUCUGUGCGGAUCAGUCAUGAUUGUGACACAGUAGUAGUGGGCGCGUUUGGUAACGACGCGAACGGGGCACUAUCCGGAGCUGCCUAUGUGUACCUAGUUGAAGAGAUCCCAGGUACCAUACCAUCGCACUCGCCCAGCCCUACACCCAACUUUAACUCGACUUACGGGCCGAACAUUACAUUCAUCGACCCAACCCAGGCCAAGAAAGACCGGAAGCAGAAGUGCGACGACGAGAAAAACCUGCCCAUACAGACCCACCGAUGGAUUGAGGUACAGAAGAUUGAUCUCGGGUUCGACGGGUCUCCUAUGGAUAUGUUUGGCCAGUCUCUGGCAGUGAAUGGUGACGGUACGAGAAUCUUUAUCUCGGGUCGAAAUAUCGAGAGCGUCUUGUACUAUAAGUUUGAGAUGAGCUUUAUGCGCUGGAUCCUGCAGGAAGAGAUCAAGCCUGAUCAGACGGGUAUGAUGGCUUUCGGACACUCUAUUGAUACGGAUAUCGCCGGAACUACGCUGGCGGUAGGUGCUCCUUGGGGUUCUGCCACUUCCUCAUUCAAUGAUACGGAUGAGGGACUUGUAUACAUCUAUGAACAGAACAUCAACAUCUCAACAUCGUACGAACUAGCGGCCGGAACACCGCUUACGUCGCCCAACAGUGCUGAGGACAACUUCUUCGGAUUCAGUGUUGCGCUGAACGGUGCGAAUGGCUCAUAUCUAUUAGUGGGAGAGCCAGGCUUCGACUAUAACGAGACCGAUACACUCACCAACGUCAACGCCUAUCUUGAAAAUGCUGGAGCUGCGUACAUCUACUCCAACUGGUGCGGCUACUGGGACUACUAUGGCCUCAUGUUCAAUGCCACACUCACCACUAGCACAGACGACACCGGUGUCACGACGGUAUCGCCCAUCAACUACUUCUUCGGAGUGUCUGUGGAUAUGGACGACUGCGCAACCGAUAUUGUGAUCGCCGAUUCCUACAACAAGGUAGAUGUCUUCACGUGGGUGCCAUACUUCACGCCAAUCUUCAAUGUCACUGUCACGUCCAAUGCCGAAGAUGAACCAAUCCCCGCUAUCGAAGGCGCCACGGUCACGUUGACCGGCCCACUACCCAAUACCACGACGAGAGUGCUGCUUACCAAUGUAGACGGCUAUGUUACCUUUGAAACCGUUGACGGUGACAUCAUAAAACCUGGGGACUACAAUGUGACUGUGGAAGCAGACGGCUACUUUGGACCGCAGACGGGAAGUGUCACCCUGGCCAUGAAUGCCAUCACUAACAUGUACUUUACGCUCAGCACCAAUCCACGCGUUGCCUUCUAUGUGGAGGAUAGCGUUACGGGCGGCAAUCUCACCUUGCCUGGUACGAACACUACGUCACCUGCCACCUUCAACGUCUUUGAUGCCAACGGCACUCUCGUGCAGAGCGGCACGACUGUGUAUGGAGAGCUGAAUUUCUUAGGGCCCUUCGAAGUGGGCAGCUACACGUACAAUGUCACAGCGGAGGGGUAUGACACUGGCAGUGGGGCUAUCGACAUGGCGCUUGAUGUGUUCUACACCAUCACGGAGAGCAUGGUCCCCUCAUUCGCCGAAGUCACGGCCCUAAUCACAGACACGGACGGUGCAGUACUGCCAGGGGUUCUGGUGACUAUCAACAGCACCUUGGGUGGAAUCUACCAGGAAACCACCGAUGCAGAUGGAUGGGCCAACUUCAGUCUUGUCAGGACCGGUGACCUUGUCUUCACCGCCAGCAAAACGGACUUCAGCUCUGCCUCUGGGUCUCUGUCGCUCGGCACAGCGGGUGCCUCACUGACGGCGUCACUGAACCCAACAUCUCUCACGUUCGAGAUCACCAGCAAUCUGACAGGCCUCGCGCUGGAAGGAGCGUUGGUGGAGAUUCUGACCAGUGAAGGCACCACUCUAUCGCAAACAACGCCCGCCAAUGGGUCUGUCAUUUUCGAUUAUCUGACGUCCGGUACCACUACGUACAAUGUGACGGCCGAUUUCCACUUCGUGCAGUCGGGUAGCGUGGACUUAGCCGAGGGCUUUGCCACCACUCAACCGCUCGAUCUGCAGUCGGAUAUCGCCGAAGUGCAGGUUACCGUGGUCAACAAUCUGGACAACGUGGUGGCCGGGGCGGAAGUGAGCUACGAGUACGCCAACGGAACAGUAGUCACUGAGACCACUGAUGCGCUAGGCCAGGUAUUGCUUGUCGAUGUGGACACUGGGGUCGUCAGUGUGAACGUGGUAGCCGAUACAUACGACAACCAGACAGCAACCGCCACGGCCAUAAGUGGUACACUUGUGGAGAGCGAGAUUACCCUGGUGUCUCAGAUUGCUGUGCUGAACGUCACUCUGUUCCAGGCAGACGGCUCUGCCUUUGAUGUGGACGCAGAGGUGACACUGACCACCACCGCGGAUGGCACUGAGCAAGUGCUGGAUAGUGGUAGUAGUGGCGAGGUGUCCUAUCUCAAUGUCACGCCCGGUGCGUAUGAACUGUCUAUCACGGCUGUGAAUAUGGCCACCAUCACUCAGACGGGAACCACUGUGGCGGACGACAACGCCAACUUGAAUGUCACAAUCUUCGCCAGCUCGGCCAACUUUGCAUUCACUGUAGUUGGGCCAGACUCUUUGAACAACGCGGGUGUGGCAGUGGAUGACGCAGUGAUAACGCUCACAACCUCACAGAGUGGUAUAAGCACUACUGGCACUACCGAUACGACAGGAGCAGCAUCCAUCAGCGGGAUUGAGGCGGGUGAGUAUACCUACACGGUGUCUGCGACGUACUUUGAGGAUUUCACACCAACACCGGUGUUAGACUAUGCGUUAAACGUAUCCGAGAUAUCGGUGCCUGUAACCCUCACUCGCUCAGUGGGUAGCAUCCAGUUCCUGAUUCUGAACUCAACGAGUAACACGCCCAUUGAGUCUGUGGAUGCGAUCAUCAGCCUGGAAAAUGCGGACCUGUUAGGUGUAACAACGGAGGAAGACACCUCCACUGGGUUUGCAACGUUCACGGAUCAAUUGGCGGGCAAUUACAUCGCCACACCCACGGUGGGCGCGACCGCCUACCCGUCUGUAGCCGUUGAGAAACUGUUCACUGGUACAACGAAUGUGACCAUCUCGGUCACGUGAGCUACACCUGAUCCGUAUAUAUAUAUGUAUUUAUGUAUGAAUUUGAAUAUGCACAAAUGUGUGUGCGUGUUUAUCGAGUCGGACACGAGUAUACUUGCGUAGCCACAGAGUAUGUCGUACUUGGGAGUCACAUCGUACGACAAUCAGACCGUGAACAGACCUGCAGGCUUUCUGAAUUAGACCAGAUCAAGUAAGUAGACCAACACUGUAUAUACACACCUAAACUUCGAUAGACAAAUUGAAAUUGAACAUUCUAAGAAUUAAAAAAAGAAG